UUGGCGUCCCGGGGCUCCAUGGCAACGUGACGUAAUCACAGCCCGCCUUUGCGUCAUCACGCCGCGACGCGUCUCCAUGGCGGCGGCGGCGAGCACCGGGCCGUACCGGCGGGAGCGCAGCCUGGCCCUGCGCAGCAGCAGCUCGGCCCUGUACAACAACCUGGCCGUGCUGUGCCCUCCCGGCCGGCCCCCGGCCUUCGGGGCCGUGCACGGCGCCACCCUCAGCCUGCUGGGCAGCGAGGGGCCCCCCCGGCAGCUGCAGGCCCGGGGAGGGGGCUCUGCCCUCAUCACCCCCCUGCUCACACAGGCCGCGUGGUGCGAGCUCCCGUCGCGGGUGCUGCUGGUGCUCACAUCCCAGCGCGGGGUCCAGAUGUACGAGGCUGACGGCUCCACCAUGGUGUUCUGGCACGCGCUGGACGUCCCGGAGCUCCCGGCAGCACAUUCCGUGUUCGCCCGAGGCAUCGCCGCGGCCGGCGGCCGCUUCAUCUGCGUGGGGACGUCCUUUGGGGCCGUGCUGGUGUUUGAUGUCCCCCCGAAAGGGACCAACGUGACGCUGAGCGAGGUCCUGGAGCAGCACCGGGAUCCCAUCACCGACAUCGCGGCCGAGCAGGGCCAGGCCCCGGACGGGGCUGGGGACCUGGUGACAGCCGAUGACUCCGGGACCCUCUGCCUCUGGAGCAGCGGGGAGGAGUUCACCCUGCUCGGGAAGAUCCCGGGAUCUGGCUGCACCUGCUCCUCGGUGGCGCUGUGGAACGGGAUCGUGGCUGCGGGCUAUGGGAACGGGCAGAUCCGGCUGUGGGAAGCGGGGUCGGGGCGGAUCCGUGCCCAGGUGAGCGCCCACGCCCGCUGGAUCUACGCGCUCGACCUGGCACCGCUCACCGGCAAGCUGCUGUCGGGUGCAGAGGAUUCCUUUGUCCACGUCUGGAAGCUCAGCAGGAACCCGGACACCGACGACAUCGAGGUGCAGCACUGCCACGCCGAGUGCGUGACGGACACGCAGGUUUGCGGCGCCCGCUUCUGUGACCCCGCCGGGGACACCUUCGCUGUCACCGGCUACGACCUGAGCGAGAUCCUCUGCUACGGCCCCGCCUGAGCCGGGGCUGCCGGCGAUAUCGGCAGCACCGGGAACGCCGGCACGCCCCGGCAGCGCGGCCGUGGCUGGGGGGCGAGCACAGACCCCCCUGCAGCUCCGUGGGGAUGUGUGGGGAGAGCCCGGCCAGGAUCCCCCACCCUGCCCGAAGCCCUCCCGAGGGCUGGGAGCUGCUCCAGGCUCCAGCAUCCCCCAGGGGAUCCUCCCAUGGCUGCCACCGGCUCCGGGAUCCUCCCGUGGCUCCCACCCUUCCCGGAGGGUGGCGUGGCUGGGAACAGGCCCGGCUCAGACGGGAGGAUCCCGGGAAACCUGUGCUACCUGCUGCUCCGGCCGGGAGAGCCCCGAGCCCAGCCCAGCGUCCCAGGGUGCAGCAUCUGCCAGCCACGGCUACUGGGGAGGGAAAAAAAGGG